AUGGAUACCGAAUCCAGCGUUUCGCUCCAUACUCCGACUAAGGAGCAAAUUCAAUUCCCUCAUGGUAGCACGCGAAAACAAUCAACGAAAAGGAUCAAGACAAACGAUGAGGGUUUCCAAACACAAAAAUCCAAGCGAGCUUUCUCCUUUUCCAAGUUCAUCGGCUCUACCUUACAGGACAAAAAUGAAGAUAAGAAGAAAUUCGAGUACUCAACUAACGAGCAGACGUGUAAUCAGGCGCCAACAAUUCAAUCACGUUCUAGAUGGAUACGACCGCUUUUAAGUAUUCACUCACUUUUCAAAACUAGGAAUAAGGUGAUUUCAUUACCUGAAAAGGAAAAUAGUGUCUUGACGAGUGAAUUCGAUCUUCAAAAAGAUGCAAUGUUUUCAUGCUACAAUGCUUUCAAGAAUACCGAAAUUCAAAAUACUUUGAACUCCUUGAAAGAAUCUAUAGACUCCAAUUUGCUGCAAAAAUCGACGGUUAGGUUCAUUCAUUAUAGACAUCAAGAUGGCGUUGGCAAAGCUUUGAAGCCCGGCAUUAAUAACAAUAACAAGGAAACCCGUGAUAUGAUGAAUAAAGCGCAAGGCAACAAGACCAUCCCAAGUAAAAUAGUGAAUCAAAUGAGUGAGAACCGUCAAAUCGCAAAUAUGUUAGGUUUGAAACAGAUAAGAGCUGAUAAAGGUGAUAAUGAGCUGAUGUCUGGUUGUCUAAAUACCCAAUCAAUGUCGACGUCAUUCUGUGAACAAAACAACUACAUGACAGAGACUGAUACAUCAGCCAAUUGCGCUCCUGGGAUCUACCUCAACUCGGAAUUAACGAAAUUGUUCAACAGUUUGAGAUUGGAAGUCGAUCACGAAAAAAGCAGAUUCUAUGUUGCUUCAGAUGCGAACUCUCAUUCGUUCCCCGAUUUCGAGCUCUCGUCCCAAAUUAGUGUCAACGAAGUUUCAGGGGAAAGUCUUUUGAAAGAAGAUUCCAUUGAUGGCCCACUCAGCUCCUUCAUUGAAGAAUCAACCAAGGAGUUUUCUCAUUGCUGUGAACAUGAACUAUCUCAACGUGAUUCGAGUCUGUCUAAUUCUUACGAGGAUAGCAAUGAAGCAAAUGUGGUCAAAGUGCAGAUGAUUUGCCAAGAUGAAAACCUUACUCUUAUUUCGAAUCCUUUAAGUGAGGUGGACUCGGACGACACGAACAUAGUUGAGAAAUCAACUAGCCUAGGUUCUCCCACUUUAAAGUUGGAUGAAGCUCAUGAACCCCAACACGUGGAAGAACACUUCUUACCUGAUGUUCUGGAAUUAAAUGGGCUCGACAACGUGGAAAUUAUAGACCCCAAGAACGGGUCUAGGCUGCUACCCCAUUUAGGGGUGGACCAUGGAAAGCCUAAUGAUUCCACUACUUUGAAAUUUCAUUCAAAAGCAAAGGUUCUCAUCUAUAAUCAUGAUAGCGAUUGCAAAUCUAUAAGAAAAGUGUUCUCGCCCGAGAAGUGCAAAGACAGCAGCCCCUUGAAAAGGAUUAAUAGGUCAAUCAGUAGAAGGUUUUCAGGAUUCGGUAUUAAUUCGCCAACGUCAGAAUCCAAGGUUAACGUGAGUACACAAAGCACGCGUGAUCGUUCUAUAUUAAAGAACAAAAUCAAUGUUAAUGAAGAACAAGAGUCCGUUAGGGCCAACAAUUGUGACGAAGUCCAAGUGGAGGACUUUUUGUGCUUCUUUGAGACACAUGAACGUAGACGCAUGGAUACCGAACCUUUUCUGGAACAUUUCCGCGAAAAGCAGAUUGAAAACUACUAUGAAAAUAUUUAA